AUGUGCUCGGCUCGUGACGAGAAAUGCCCCGAAGGCAAGUUUGAAAAGAGCAUUAACCUGUGUUGUCAGCCCGCCGCUGGAGCCGGGCUCGCUGAUGAAAGUUCCAGCCUGUGCUCCGUGCAGCAGCUGCCCUGCGCUGCAUGUUCUGGACUGACUGACGCUGCGCGCUGCCUGGCGGGCCGCGGAGAGCCCGACACAGACGGAGAACACCGGGAAAAAGAGAGGCCCCGGGUCCACCUUCGAGGCGGCGGCAGCGGUUGCAGCUCGACACACACACAGCUAUGGCUAACAUCGCGGUUCAAAGGAUCAAGCGAGAGUUCAAAGAAGUUCUUAAAAGCGAGGAGGCAGGAGCCCGUUAGGAUAGUACAGAAUUACCUGACAAGCAAAAACCAGAUUAAAGUUGAUUUGGUGGACGAGAACUUCACAGAGCUGAGGGGGGAGAUCGCAGGUCCUCCAGACACGCCCUACGAAGGUGGAAGAUAUCAGCUCGAAAUAAAAAUCCCAGAAACCUACCCAUUUAACCCACCCAAGGUGCGCUUCAUCACCAAGAUCUGGCACCCCAAUAUCAGUUCUGUGACGGGAGCCAUAUGUCUGGACAUUUUGAAAGACCAGUGGGCAGCUGCCAUGACCCUGCGGACGGUGCUCUUGUCUCUACAGGCCCUUCUCGCCGCCGCAGAGCCAGAUGAUCCACAAGACGCGGUCGUAGCAAACCAGUAUAAGCAGAACCCAGAAAUGUUCAAACAGACGGCGAGGCUGUGGUCGCACGUCUACGCGGGCGCUCCCGUCACCAGCCCCGACUACACCAGAAAAAUAGACAAGCUCUGUGCCAUGGGCUUCGAUAAGGUCCGAGCCAAUGCAGUAAUAGCGGCCUUGUCUUCGAAAUCCUGGGACGUGGAAACGGCAACAGAGCUGCUCCUGAGCAACUGA